ACAUACGCAGUUGCCAGCCUAGGCAGUCUGACUUACGCAGUUGCCAGCCUAGGCAGUCUGACUUACGCAGUUGCCAGCCUAGGCAGUCUGACUUACGCAGUUGCCAGCGUAGGCAGUCUGACUUACGCAGUUGCCAGCCUAGGCAGUCUCACUUACGCAGUUGCCAGCCUAGGCAGUCUCACUUACGCAGUUGCCAGCCUAGGCAGUCUGACUUACGCAGUUGCCAGCCUAGGCAGUCUGACUUACGCAGUUGCCAGCCUAGGCAGUCUCACUUACGCA